AUGGUUCGGGCUAUCAAAGGCACUUUGGUCGAAUGUGAUCCCUCGAUCAAAUCAAUCAUCAUCAACAUCGACAGCAAAGACAAUGAAUACAUAAUCGAGGACCUCGACGAGACUCAUCUUGUGGUUAAAGACAACAUGGUGGCAAAGCUGAAAGUAGAACUCGAUAUGCGUCUAAGAGAGAACGUCCCCGAGGUUGAGGGCGACUCCGACUCUGAUCAGGAUGUCAAAUAG